AUGGGUUUCUCAGUAAGGUCUGCCAUGACGGCAGUCCUGGGGUUGUCUGCAGCAGUGGCUUCCGCUGCAUCUCCCAGCAGGCACGUGGCGAGGGACGACACGGCCUGCAACAACUCGCCAGAUCUUUGCUCGAGGGCGUACAACAAGAUCACGCAUAUGGGGGCCCACGACAGCGCUUUUCUCCGCGACGCGUCGACUGGCAACUCGAUCGCGGGCAACCAGUUCUACAACGCGACCGUGGCACUCUCGGCCGGCCUGAGGUUGCUGCAGGGCCAGGUCCACAACGUCAGCGGCGUCCUGCGGCUCUGCCACUCGGACUGCUCGCUGCUCGACGCCGGACCGCUGCAGGACUGGCUCGCCAAGGUCAAGGGCUGGAUGGACGACCACCCAAACGACGUCGUCACCGUGCUGCUGGUCAACUCGGACAACAUGGACGUCGCAAAGUUCGGCGCCGCCUUUGAGGCCUCGGGCAUAUCAAAGUACGGCUACAAGCCCUCGUCCACCACGGCCCCGACCGGUGACUGGCCGACCCUCAAGACCAUGAUCGACGCCGGCACGCGCCUCGUGUCCUUCAUCGCCUCCAUCGACGCGAGCUCCACCUACCCGUACCUGCUCUCCGAAUUCUCGUAUGUCUUCGAGACCGAGUACAUGGUCACGACGGCGACGGGCUUCAACUGCACCCGGGGCAGGCCCACGGCCGCCGGCACCGCUGCCAACGCCAUCUCCAAGAACUACAUCCCGCUCAUGAACCACUUCAAGUACGACAGCCUGACCAGCAGCAUCCAGAUCCCCGCCGUCGGCGACAUCGACACCACCAACUCGCCCGACACCACCAAGACAGGAGCCCUGGGCCUGCACGCCGAAACGUGCAAGGAGGAGUGGGGCAUCGUCCCCGUCCUGGUCCUCGUCGACUUUUGGGACAAGGGGCCGUCCAUCCAGGUCGCUGACGCCAUGAACGCCAUCAACGCGACCGGGAGGAGCCAGCCGUCGUCUACGAGCUCGACUGGCGGCAACAAGGGCACCACCACCGGCCGGAGUGAUGGGAGUAGCACCAAGGAGCCCAGGCUGGGCUUGGGCACGGGUGCCCUAGUGGCUUUCAUGGCCGCUGCCGUGCUCAUGUUUUGA